CAGAACCACAGACCGAAAAAGUAACCAAGCAAUUCUAACCUAAAAUUUGCGUUGUGUUUAUAGUUUGGUUUUGUGUGGGAUUUCGUAGGUAGAAUAAAACAUGCACGACGAAGUACAAAGACAUUCCGUUCACACUUUGGUGUUUAGAUCGUUAAAAAGAUCGCAUGACAUGUUUCUUGCUAACCAGGGAUUGCUGCCCACUGUUGAUGAUGUUGCCGAAAAUGUGAGAAAGGGUAUUAAAGCUAGAGACAACUAUGGUUUAGUAUUUGACGAUGUAAAAAAGAUGCAAGCUAUGAAGCAGUUACAGAUCAUAGAAAACGGACCCAAUCCUCCGCCUCCGGGGACUGCAUUUCCAACUGAAACAGAUAAUUUGGUUGCAAAUACUAGCGCUGUAGUGCCUUUCAGUGAGAACAGUUUAAUUCAACGCAAUAUUUCGUCUAGUCAACCGAAUCAAUUGAAUAAUUUAAUGAGGAAGGCGCCAUCAAUGCCCAAACCGAAAUGGCAUGCACCCUGGAAAUUGUAUAGAGUUAUAGCGGGACAUUUAGGUUGGGUUAGAUGUGUUACAGUGGAACCUGGAAACGAGUGGUUUGCAACAGGUUCUGCUGAUAGAAUCAUUAAAAUAUGGGACUUGGCGACUGGACAAUUAAAAGUAUCUUUAACUGGUCAUGUUAGUACAGUGAGAGGAUUAGCCGUAAGCAGCCGUCAUCCAUAUUUGUUCAGUUGUGGCGAGGAUCGACAAGUUAAAUGCUGGGAUCUUGAAUACAACAAAGUAAUUCGUCACUACCACGGUCAUCUUUCAGCUGUAUACACGUUAGCAUUGCAUCCGACGAUAGAUGUAUUGGUAACUGCAGGACGAGAUUCUACAGCUCGCAUUUGGGAUAUGCGAACGAAAGCCAAUGUGCACACAUUUCAGGGGCAUACCCAUACAGUCGCAAGCGUUAUAUGCCAAGCUUCCGAACCUCAAAUCAUAACGGGCUCGCACGAUACCACAAUACGACUAUGGGAUUUAGCGGCCGGAAAAUCAGUUUGUUCCUUAACUAAUCACAAAAAGAGUGUGCGAAGUCUUAUUUUCCAUCCGACAUUAAACAUGUUCGCAUCAGGUUCACCAGAUAAUAUAAAACAAUGGAAAUGCCCCGACGGGAAAUUUAUCCAAAAUUUAUCUGGACAUAAUGCAAUAGUGAACUGCUUAGCUGUGAACCCGGAGGGAGCUUUGGUAUCAGGAGGUGAUAAUGGCACAUUGUUUUUCUGGGACUGGAGGACGGGUUAUAAUUUUCAGAGACUGCAGGCACCUGUACAACCAGGCUCAAUGGAUAGUGAAGCUGGUAUCUUUUCAAUGAUAUUCGAUCAUUCUGGAUCACGGCUAAUUACCACCGAGGCAGACAAAACAAUCAAAAUAUACAAAGAAGAUGAAACUGCUAGUGAAGAGUCGCACCCCAUCAACUGGAAACCAGAUAUUCUCAAACGAAGAAAAUACUAAAACAUGCCAUAAUUUAUUUUAAAAAUUCACUGCAAAUGGUUAUAAUUUAAGCGUUAAAUGAAAAUAAAUAGUUAAUAACGAGGAA